AUGUCUGCGACCAAAGUCGGACAUGCCUUGGCCAAAGGCCUCGGUAUCAAGCUCAACUAUCGAAAUGAAUUGGACGACGAAAUUCGUCGCGGAGAAUCUGUUUUCUCGAGUCAAACCGCAGACACCUAUGUCGAACAAGAACCCCACGCGAUUGACUGGGUGAAAGAUGUCACACCAAAUGGACGAGAUGUUCGCCAAUAUUUUUGGUCACUAUUCCCCUUCCUCCAUUGGAUCACGCGAUACAACGCCCAAUGGUUUGCUGGUGACAUGGUUGCUGGUAUCACCAUCGGUGCUGUUGUCGUCCCCCAGGGGAUGGCAUAUGCUGUCCUGGCUGAGUUACCGCCGCAAUAUGGUCUGUACACAUCCUUCAUGGGUGUUCUGAUCUAUUGGUUUUUUGCUACUUCUAAGGAUAUUACCAUCGGCCCUGUCGCCGUCAUGUCUACUCUCGUGGGUAAAAUCGUCAAGCAUGCCGCCAAAACCAAUCCCGAAGUUCCAGGACCUGUCAUCGCAACAGCUUUGUCCAUCAUCUGCGGAGCUAUCAUUGUCUUCAUUGGCUUGAUUCGAGCUGGCUGGAUCGUCGACCUUAUUCCUCUGGUGUCCAUCUCCGCAUUCAUGACGGGUUCGGCAAUCAACAUCGCUGUUGGCCAAGUUCCAACCAUGAUGGGAUAUUCGAAGAAAUUCGAUACCAGAGCCGAAACAUUCAGGGUCAUCAUAAACUCCUUCAAGCACCUUCCGGACACGACGCUGGAUGCCGCGAUGGGACUCACAGCUCUUUUCCUCCUAUAUGCCAUUAGAGCAGGAUGCAGUCUUGCUGCAAAGAAGUGGCCGACGAGGCAGAAAACAUUCUUCUUCAUCGCCACUCUUCGAACUGCAUUCGUCAUUCUCCUGUACACUAUGAUCAGUUGGCUUGUGAACAGACACCACCGCAAGAAGCCACUGUUCAAGAUUCUCCAGAAGGUUCCAAGAGGUUUCACAGCAGCUGCUGUCCCCACCGUGAAUACAAAAAUAAUCAGCAUCUUCGCUGGCGAGCUGCCCUCGGCUGUCAUUGUCCUGUUGAUUGAGCACAUCGCUAUUUCGAAGUCCUUCGGACGGAUCAACAACUACAUCAUCAACCCAUCCCAAGAAAUGGUUGCCAUUGGUGUUACCAACCUCCUUGGACCUUUCCUCGGAGCCUACCCAGCCACCGGGUCAUUCUCUCGAACUGCUAUCAAGUCAAAAGCCGGCGUCAGAACCCCAUUUGCGGGUGUGAUCACUGCAAUCGUCGUCCUCUUAGCUAUCUAUGCCCUUCCCGCCGUUUUCUUCUAUAUUCCGAGUGCCAGUUUGUCAGCAGUCAUCAUUCACGCUGUAGGAGAUCUUAUCACUCCUCCUAAUACUGUCUACCAAUUCUGGCGGGUUUCACCACUCGAGGUGCCGAUCUUCUUCGCUGGAGUGUUCGUCACAAUCUUCUCCUCCAUCGAGAACGGCAUCUACACAACAAUCUGCGUGUCUCUUGCCCUUCUUCUUUAUCGAGUAUUGAAAGCCAAGGGGAGAUUUCUCGGUAAGGUCAAGGUCCACUCCCUCGUUGGCGAAUCCAUUGUCGGCAACGAGAGCAAGCCUUUCCUCCCAAACAACGGCACCUUCACCACAUCCGGAGGAGCCCACGAAGACUCUUCAAGCAGAAACAUCUUUCUGCCCCUCGAUCAUGGUGAUGGCUCCAACCCGGAUAUUGAAGUUCAAGUUCCAUAUCCAGGAGUCUUUAUAUACCGCUUUUCUGAGGGCUUCAACUAUCCAAAUGCCAAUCAUUACUUGGAUCAGUUGACCAACCACGUCUUUGCCACCACCCGCCGAACAAACCUCGACCACUACCCUCGCCCUGGUGAUCGCCCUUGGAAUGACCCUGGCCCACGCCGCGGCAAGGCCCCAGAAGUCCACGCCGACCGCCCAACCCUUAAAGCCAUCAUCCUAGACCUCUCCUCCGUCAACAACGUCGACAUCACUUCCGUACAACAACUAAUUGACGUCCGCAACCAACUCGACAAAUACGCUUCUCCCUCUACGGUCGACUGGCACUUCGCUUCCAUCAACAAUCGCUGGACCAAGCGUGCCCUCGUCUCCGCAGGCUUUGGCUACCCAACUCCCGACUCGACAUCCACACACCGCUGGAAGCCCAUUUUCAGUGUCGCCGAGCUCGGCGGUUCAGACUCUGCUGCUCAAGCUGCUGAGCGGACGGCAAACGAGAAGGAACUCGAGGAGACACGAACAAGAGAGGCCAACCGCCCGUCAAACGGUGAUGGUAUCAAUGCAGAUUCCGACAGCGGACUUUCGAGCAACGAUCUUAAGAAUGUGGCGAUUAGGACUGCGGGACGGGCGGCUGUGGUGAAUGGGCUGAACAGACCGUUGUUCCAUAUCGACCUGACUAGUGCGCUGCAGAGCGCUAUUGCAAAUGUGGAGGCGAAGGAGGCGUAUGAGAGUCAGGGUGGCAAUGGGAUCGGUCAGCUGCCUUGA